AUGCUAGUUAGAAGUGAAUUGCCUAAAAGGUUUGAAUUAAUCAAACUGCUUGAAAGUUUACUUGUUCAUUCCAGUACCAUUCAUAGUACAUCUGAAUAUUCUGGCAGUUUGGAGUUAAUUGAUCUAAAACAGUACAGAAAUAAUGCCCUGGUGUACAUAAGUGAUGACACAUUCAGAUUUUUCAUGGAUCUUGAACAAUUUAGAGUUACCUUACUAUGUCAGUCUAAAUUAAAUAUAUUUAAGUCUGAUUUACUUAGCAUGGCCAUGUCAACUGUUAAGCAGAACAAAAAUCUUUACAAUCAAUGGAUAAACUUAUUUGAAGGAUAUGCUGUUAACAACUUGUUGGACGUUUUGUUUGGCAAAGUUGUCAACAAGUAUUUUCACAUGGGAUGUGGGCCGUUUCUAAAGGAUUUUAAAAGAGAUAAUAACAUUAAAAAACAGAGGCCCAUCGUAAGCGUGUUGUGGAAAAGAAGGCUGCGAAACAACAGAAGGAUGAAAAAAUAA